AUGACCAGUUUGUCUGUUGACGGAGACGUUCGUAAGGAAGUCUCGAGGCAAGAGAGAGCACAUUCACUGUCUCCUGUGGAUACGAUGAUGAACAAGUUGCGCGCUGGAGUUGAAGAAGCCGGAACAGAAAUCCGACAUUCCAUGUUCUCCGUGAAAGCCUCCUGCGAUCAUAAAGCAGCUCAGAAUUUGCAAAUCUUACAAGAACAGGUUGACAACGCUCAGCGGACUCAAUUUAUCCUCCAAGAGAGGAAUCAAGAAGUGCUGAUGAUCAUUUCCAUGUUGCGUAAUGAACUUGCUGAGGUUCGGAAACUGAAUGAAGCCUAUAAACAACAACUUAAAAUGCGCGAGCAGGAAAAUCAAAUUAGCGGUGGUGAGUCGGGUCCAAGUCAGGGCGACCUGACAGAUUCCACAGUGUUGGCAAGCCGCAUUGUGUCGCCAGUUCACAAGAGGGCUGAUAUUUGCAAGACUAGGCUGAUGCAGAGAACAGCAGGCAAGGCGUGA